AUGCCCAAAAGACAUGCUGAACCGUCGCUUUCGUAUCCCGAUCCGAAGUUUGUUCGACUAAACGGUGACUUUAAUAAGCCCACGCCGAGCAAUGCUCCCCAACCGGCUGUGCAGCCGGACUAUAGCGAUCCCACCUGGGAUAUUGGGAGGUAUGUGGAGAUCGUGAAGAAUGGCCACGAACCCGAUUUUUAUACCAAACUCAAGUUCUUCACUGAGCCAUACACUCCGGACGAGGAUUAUCAAGUAAGUGAUUUUAUUAUUCGUUUGUAAAUUUAGGUAUGUAGGAUUCUUUUUGCAAAUGUUUUUUUAUGAUCCCAACCUCCCGACCUCUUUCAGGAGUGGCCAACUUUUGAAAGAAGAAGAGGAUCUCGACUUGUCCGUGAGCGGCUUGGCAGAACAUACUUUGAUCCGGAAAAGGCCAAUAACUACUUUAGUUACUCCCCGAAGGAUAAGGGGAUAUAUUGUCGAGCUUGUGCGAUCUUCGCCGCCGAGAAAGAUGGUGUUGUGGAGACUGCGAAAACAGACAAACUUGUGAAGACACCUUUUAUCAACUUCAAGAAGUUCAAUGGCGGGCAAUCUCAAGGAAAGACGAAGCACGAAAGAGCUCCGUAUCAUAUAGAAGCGGUUCAGAGAGCAAUGAAAUUCCUAGGUACUCUCUCUACACGGUCGGAUGUUAGAAUUCCCGCACCUUUCCAGAGUUCCGCUCAACCCUAUAACGUGAACGUCCUGUUCAUGUUAAAUUCUUGA